CUUGUGUGAGAUAGAAACCGAGGAAACAAUUUCAAAUAAGAAAACAGAGGAAGAAGAGAAACAGAGCAAUACGUUCAUACUCUUACAAGGGAAUUUCUUCAAUCUUUACCACCAUUGUUGUCUACCCAAAUAGCUAAAGAGAAGAGAGAAUGGUGGGAGUUAGGUCAUAUAACCUGAGAAUGAGAAGGCAGCAGGAGGAGAGGCUCUCACCACCACCUUCAUCGCCGGAUUCAUCACCACCACCACCACCCUCCCGCCGCCGCAGGUCCCAGCGGCAAAGGAGUAAGAAACUUACAGUUUAUAAGCCAAGACGACAACUUUACAAUGCUGUCCCAAGCCCAACACCACCAUCAGUUUCAGCUCUAUUUCCAAUCGACGAAGUUUUACAGCUGCCGCCGCCGCCGCCGCCGCCACCACCGGCGGCGGGUUAUUCAGAGGAAAUUCCGGUGGACAUACCUUCUGAGGAAGAAGACCAAAAACCAAACAUUGAUGACCCACUAUCAGGACUAAAGCCUCCCCCACCAAGUGUUCGAAAAAAUGCCUCCACGAUGUUUGUCGAGAAAUCUCUUGGAAUAAUUGCAAGUGUCAAGUCUCUUCUGGUCGAUGAACUCUUAUCGCUUCCAAACUCUGAAAUCAUUACCAUGAUUUCUUCGGCCAACCGGGUCUUCACAGCGUUGGAUUGCUUUGGCGACGAUUACAUUUCUUUUUAUUGGACGGUUAGAAGGUUCAUUCACUUCAAUCAAGAAUUGUUAGUGGCUGAAAGGUUGAGAAAUGGGCAAUGUGCAGUUUUUGAAGAAGUAACGAGGCGAUACGAGGAGCUUGUGAUUGAAGCCAACAGCACUGAAGAAGCAUUGCAUAGUGCUGAACUGAAUCUUGUAAAAGCCAAAGAAGAUGUGGCUUGUUUAAGGCAGAGGCUAGAUGAGGCAAGGAGUUUGGUGUUUAGGUUGGAGAGGGAGCUGGAUCAUGAGGAAAAUGAAGUUGUUGCUUGGGACUCUGAAGUGGUUAAGUGUUCAUGGUUCCAUUCGAGUGCGGAAGCUGAGGUGCAAAGGGUCGGGUCAGAAGAAGAGGAGGUGAAGAAAGUGGUUGAUGAGGUCAACAAGAGGUGCAAGGAAGCCAGUAGUGGCAUUGAGCUCAUGACAAAGGAGCUGAGUUUGUUUCGUAUAAGCUGAAUCCACGCACCAAAAGUUGUUGAUAGCUUUUAACUGACUUCGAAAAUUGGAGUAGAUAGUCUUGUACUGAUUGACUAAUAGAGUUACUAGAGUACGAUCACUAGUCUUGCAUAUCAAAUGGGGAUGAUUGUUUGAACUCGUGGCUAGUCCUUUACUUGAACCUUAAUAGAGUUUUAAGAAUGAAGUCAACUUGAAUAUCUACUGAAUGUUUUGCGCA